UGACGAUGCGACAUCUCACACCUGGCGUACGGCUCAUCUCGCCAUGUCAACCGGGUGGAACAUUGCCGGCAUCCUGAAGUCGGUAUUUAGCUGCUUGUUCGAGGUCGCCUUUUUCUGGCACCUGAGAUUGUACGCUUGGUGGAUGAAGAAGAGCGACAGAGAUAUGCUGCUAGAGGCCAUUGCCGAUGCCAGGCUAUUCGAGGAGUGGGAGGCUUCGGCCUUCCAGCUGGAUGAAGUGCUAGGUUAUGAUCUCUGGCGCCAGAACCCCACGAGCAAGUUCUACGAUUACCGUCUCAUCUACGAACGGCUCCAAGCCAUCAUCGAAGCCCGAGAGGACGACGAUAUUCUGGGACUAGUCAGUCUCUUGCGAUCAGGACUUGUCCGCAAUCUGGGGAACAUUACAGCACCACGUCUCUUCAAUCGCGCUUAUGCUGGAACCAAGCUCCUGAUUGAAGACUACGUGACCCAGGUUGCGUUGGCUAUCGACUAUGUGACAUCCUAUCCCACAACGGCGAACUCCGACACCGGCUUGACGAACCAGGCCAAGCUCGAUGUCCUACAUGACACUCGGCAAGCCUUCGGAAGGUCGGUGUUAGUUCUACAGGGCGGAGCCAUCUUCGGUCUCUGCCACCUCGGUGUGGUGAAAGCUUUACACCUUCGAGGACUUCUUCCUCGUAUCAUAGCAGGUACGGCUACUGGGGCCCUGAUUGCGGCACUGGUGGGAGUUCAUACCGAAGAUGAGCUUCUCGACUUCCUGGCAGGAUCAAAUAUUGACCUGACCGCGUUCGCGAAGCACUCUACUGCUGGGAAAGAAGGCUAUGUCGGUGGAGAGAGUGGCUGGCUAGCGACGCUUAUGAGGCGCAUGAAGCGCUUUGUCCGGGAAGGGUACUUCCUCGAUGUUGGCGUCCUUGAGCAAGUCGUUCGUGCGAACGUAGAAGACUUGACCUUUGAAGAAGCAUACAUGAAAACUAAAAGGGUAUUGAACAUCACGGUUUCCACGACGGGCGGUGGAGGAGUGCCAAACCUACUCAAUUACCUUACGGCUCCCAAUGUGCUCAUCUGGUCUGCUGCCCUCGCUUCAAACGCUUCAUCUUCAACCUUCUACAAACCCGUAAUACUCAUGUGUAAGGACGAGUCUGGAAAAAUUGUCCCAUGGGCAGGCGCCGAAGAGACUACUUUCCGACCAUGGACGCAUGCCAGUUACAAUGACCGCGAAUCUCCACUCCACCGCAUCGCCGAGCUCUUCAACGUAAAUCAUUUCAUCGUCUCCCAAGCUCGUCCUUACCUGGCACCUUUCCUUCGAUCCGACUUACAUCACCCAAACCCUCGUCAGGAUGGUCGAUGGCGGCUUUCCAUGCCGAUACUACGACUCAUCGUCAUGGAAGUCCAGCAUCGUCUCCACCAGCUUGAUGAAGUGGGCUUUCUCCCAUCCUCAAUCCGACGCUUUCUCCUCGACGAAAACGUUCCCGGUGCAAGCCUCACUCUUGUCCCAGAACUCACGCCUGGCGACUUCAUCAAGCUACUCGAGAACCCGACGAAAGACGGCCUGGAGUAUUGGAUACUACGCGGCGAGCGUAGUGUCUGGCCUGCUGUCGGCGCCUUGAAAGUUAGAUGUGCGAUAGAAGUAGAGUUAGAUCGAGGGUAUCAAUUAGUUAGGAGAAGGAAGCCAUUCGAUCCUGUGCACGGCCCGGGGUUAAAGAAGAGCUCAAGUAGUGCUGGUAUGAAGAGGAGAGCUAGAGCGGCGAGCUUUGGCGGGGAUAUGAUGCGAUGAUUCAUGAGAGGCUAUGGAAUAUCUC